ACCAACCUUCAAUAAACCGUUGUGCUGAUGCGCGGACGUGCGGAUACUUUCAGUUAAUUUUGAAUUUUUCGAGGAACGGUGAAGGUCCGCGCUUGAAAUCCCAUUCAGAUCCUAAGUGAGAGCCUCCGAAUAGGAUUCAUUGGAUGGCAAACUAACGUGCAGCCAGGAAUUAUCGAUUCAGAUCCCACCUCUUUUGGGCACAAACUGGAUUGACAAAAGUCAGAGUCCAAUCACUACGAAGUACAAUCAGCACGAUGACAUCAAAUAGUUGUUUAAUCAGUCUAGGCUGCCUACUGGUCCUUAUUCAAACUCUAGCUCCAGCAAAGUCUGCGGAGCACUCAGUGUUCACCCACAAAAACGCGUCAUCGGUCUUGGGUCAAUUGGUUACCUCGAGUACCCUAGUAUGGGAAAGCUAUGACCCCAAGGAUGCUACACAGUUGCAGUUCGCCGUGGAGGGCGGAAAGUACGUUACUGAGGAUGAGCAUUACCCCAUGUAUGUAUGUCGUGUACCAAUCGAUGGUAUCCAAGUGUCCGGCCAUACCGAGAAAAUCCUUCAGAGACACGUAUGCCUUGCGGCCCACUAUAAGCACGGAAAGUACGACAACUUCGAUGUCCUUAUGAACAAGGGUCACCUGGGGAAGGUUGGCUGGCGUCAUUGGCGUAAGUUCGAUGCUGGUGUUCCCGUCGGUGCAAUACGCAUUGGAGAUGACUCUUACAUUGGUCGCCAUCGCGCCCCAAGUCAACCGAACAAGGACGGGGUCGUCACCCAUUGGGGAGCAGACUUCAAUCUGGGCCACUUGGAGCCGGUGGGUCUGGGAAAAAUUAGGGUCAUUGAAGCCGAACGUGAGAAGUACUACGACGAUGGCGAAGUUUUAGUCGAAACAGAGCCCUUCCGAUACGAGCUCAGGGACAUCAAACUGGAUCGCCUGCGCACUGAUAUUCAAGAGAACAUGACUGAACUAGUUACCAGGAAGCUUGAAAAUCUGGAAGAUAAAUAUAGUACAGUAGAGACGAUUCUAAGCUAUUCCUUCAACUAUAAUCAAUAUUGGGGAUCCCACGAGGGUGUUGCUCGUGGUCUACCCACAAAAAUAUUCGAAAAAGAUGAGGCCGUUCCGGCUGAAAUUAACUGGGCCUUAAAACACACCGAAAAACGAUCGGAAAACAAGGCAGUGCACACGAAACUUUGGCCUGGAACAGCAAUUAAUGUUACGCUACGUGGCAAUUAUGUGACCCUGGAGGCGCCGUACAGUGGCAAGCUCUUUGCUUUCUAUUACGGAAGCGAUGAAAGUGUUUCCCGAAAGAUCAGCGCAGAGGUGCGAAAGAGCUACUUGAAGGAGGUGAAGCUGGAGUUCAGUCCCGUCUACUGGAUUGAGAACGGUACUCUGGUUCCCACAACGACCACCACAACGACCACAUCCACAUCGACCACGACACAUGCCACCACAACCAGCACCAACGAGCCGACGCCCAUAAAUGAGCCCCCGCUGGUUCAUAUGAAGGACAACGGUGUGCAGCAUUCAGGUCCCGAUACGCUGGAGAAGACCUUGCAUGACUCCCCGUCCAGCAACGAAUUAAAUUCGCACGAGGCUCCAGAGAACAUGUCCUCCGACCCUGGAAAGGAUGUGGCGCUGGCAGGGUUCGGAGUCAAUGCAGCGGGGUCAACAUUUAUUGCUGGGUCGACUUUAUUAACGCUACUUUUAACACUUUUUUUGAGUCUGUAGAUGAAAUUGAGCUCUGGACUCAGUAUAGCGUUUAAUUGUUGUUGUUGUACCUGUUGUACCCGUCUUUGAGAGCGUCAGAGAGAUGUAAUAACCAGAUAGACAUUGUAGGCAUAUAUAAACCCCAAGAACCGGGAAAAAAUUUGGUGUGAAAACGAAAAGCAAAAGUCGAUAUUUUUUAUACUUGUCCCAAGGCUUCUUCUUUAACACGCAUGCAAGCGAAAAGAAUUUAAAUGAUCAUUAAAAUAAACGUAAUACAUUCCUAAACAAAACCCCUUACAAGCGGAAAUAAAUCAAAAGUAUAAUUAAAAAUAAAUAUAUUCAUAUUUUUAUGUAGAAAUAUUUUACAAGUUUUUUUAUUUGCAAUGAUUUAAACGCUUCUCAUUUUUGUAGUUAGUAAGCAGCAUUAAUAGCAAGUAGAGAAAAUAUUAAACUUGAAUUGACAUUUGUUUAGGGAUGGUAUUGUAGAUCGCGCUCUCUAAAAUGAUGUAUGUAUAGUAUAUGUACAUGUAUGUCAAAUAUGUAAACCUAUGUAUAACAUAAGUACGAGUAUGUAUGCUAUUUUUUAAGUCAAACACUCCAAAUAUGUAAAAUAGAUACGUUUUAUUUGAAAACUUUUAUUUAAAAUAUGAUUUGCGUUUAUUUAAGGCUAAUCUCUAUCAUAAUUGAUAUGAUUUCAAUUAGAACUUCAUUAAAGAAACAAUGAAUAUAUAUAAAUAAAAGGCUUGUAAAUGAAAA